AAGGAUAUACAAGAGCCCCUCUGGCCGGGAGAUUCUGUGCUGACACGCAAAGAACUGCCCAGGUAGAACACCAUGGAAGGCGACUGUCUGAGCUGCAUGAAGUAUCUGAUGUUUGUUUUCAAUUUCUUCAUAUUUCUGGGUGGGGCCUGCCUGCUGGGCAUCGGCAUCUGGGUCAUGGUGGACCCCACCGGCUUCCGGGAGAUCGUGGCCGCCAACCCCCUGCUUAUCACUGGCGCCUACAUCCUCCUGGCCAUGGGCGGCCUGCUUUUUCUGCUCGGCUUCCUGGGCUGCUGUGGGGCCGUCCGUGAGAACAAGUGUCUGCUGCUGUUUUUCUUCCUGUUCAUCCUCAUCAUCUUCUUGGCAGAGCUCUCGGCAGCCAUCCUGGCCUUCAUCUUCAGGGAGAACCUCACCCGCGAGUUCUUCACCAAGGAGCUCACCAAGCACUAUCAGGGCAACAACGACACCGAUGUCUUCUCUGCCACCUGGAACUCGGUCAUGAUCACAUUUGGCUGCUGUGGCGUCAACGGGCCUGAAGACUUUCGGUUUGCGUCAGUUUUCCGACUGCUGACUCUGGAAAGCGACGAGGUGCCCGAGGCCUGCUGUCGAAGAGAACCACAGACUCGGGACGGGGUCCUGCUGAGCAGGGACGAGUGCCUGCUGGGAAGGGACCUGUUCCUGAACAAGCAGGGCUGUUACACAGUGAUCCUCAACACUUUUGAAACCUACGUCUACCUGGCUGGAGCCCUCGCCAUAGGGGUGCUGGCCAUUGAGCUUUUCGCCAUGAUCUUUGCCAUGUGUCUCUUCCGGGGCAUCCAGUAGAGGGCGUGGCCUGGAGCCUGAAGCCUCACCCACCACCACUGCCCAGCACCCAAAGCCCUCCCCUCCCCCGUGCCUCUGCCCUCUUGGCCCCAGGGGAGGAGGUGAGGUCAUGAUGAGUGGCCAGGAGAAGGGGCAGAGGAAAAUAGCUAUUUUUUUAACAAAACAAAAUGAAGACAAGACUACGGAUGGAUGGACCCCGCCUCGUCUCCAGGUGGGUGCCAUGGGCUCUCUGCAGGGGUCCUGGCGCCUGAACCCCAGGGAGGAGUCUGCACUAGAGACCAAAGGAACCCCAGGACCAGAUUCCUUCCUCGGUUCCACCAGCCUCUGGCAGCCCCAGGCCUGGGCCUUCUCCUCAGCUCCAGGUGCCAAGAAAGUGUGGAUUUAGCCAACAAGGAAGCAAAAGCAACUCUCAGAGGUCGACAAAGCCCCGGGGGGGCCCCAAGGAGACUCAGUCACCAUGUCCUUAAGAACUUGGAACCUAACGUUCAACCUCUGGUCCUCUGAGGAUGGAACUGUCCCUGCCCCAGGCUGGGGCCAAGAGUGGGCUGCAGACACUGGAUCCAAGAAUGGCCUAGCCGGCGGGGUCCUUGCUUCCCUCAUCUGUUGGAUCAAAUAAUCUGGAAAGCCCAGAGAGGGGCAAUGUUUCAUUCACAGUCACACAGCAUAUGCAUGACAAUUCUGAACAAGAACCCAGUCGUCUCUAGGCUGCCUGUCGCUCCUUCCAGGCCUCUGUAUGUCCCAGCAGAUCCGCUGCUCACACCCUUCCCUGGCCUCAGCAUCCUGGCUUCCCCAGGAGAGAGAAAGCAAGCUGGUCAAGAACUUCCCAGCUCCACAGCUAAGAAAAUUCUGGACUGUCCUCCUUGUUCCCUUCCCACCUCCCCACACUUCUUUCUAAGC